ACCAUGGCGGAGUACAGCUCUCUGCUCAGCGACCUGUCCGACAACAUCACCAACGAAGACCUGGAGCAGCUGAAGUCGGCCUGCAAGGAGGACAUCCCCGAGGACCAGAGCAACAACAUCACCUCGUCCAAGGAGUGGUUCAGCUACCUGGAGAAGAACGACAAGCUGGCCCAAGAUAACCUGUCGUACAUCGAGCACAUCUUUGAGAUUUCGCGGCGGCCGGACCUGCUGACGAGGGUGAUCGAGUACCGCACCAUCGUGCUCAAGAUCUCCGAGGACGACGAGAUCGACACCAAGCUGACGCGCAUCCCCUCGGCCAAGAAGUACAAAGACAUCAUCCGCCAACCUUCCGAAGAUGAGAUCAUCAAGUUGGCUCCUCCCCCUAAAAAGGUGUGAGGUCGCGACCCGCAACCUUGAUCUCCUCACUCCGGGCCCCCCCAAUCCACCGACCGACCGUUUCUGACCAACCUCCCACCCCCCCCCAGCUCAGCACCCCCACACACACACACACACACACACACACGCACACGCACACCAACCAAGCCAUCCAAUCGGAUUGUAGCGAUGCAGCCUGAGGGGGGGGGGGGAGUUGCGGAAAAAGAGACACGAGAAGAAGAAAUCUGGAGACGGACCGACAGUGUGUGUGUGUGAAGGAGGAGGAGAUGGGGGGGUGGUGGGGGGGGUUGGCUGUAAACACUGUUCGAUCUGUGAUGCUGUGCUUAUGCAACUGUGUGUGUACACGUGUGUGUGUGUGUGUGUGUGUCAGUGAAGUUCAUUAUAGUCCAUAAGAGGCCAUAACUACAUCCACCAAUAGUUUUCCUUGAAAAAGAAAAUAACUAAAAGGGUUUUUUUCCCGCAGAGACUCCCGUCUCUGACUGUCCGGUAACCAUAGCAACAACAGGCCAGACGCGUGACACUCUUUUUGGACAUUCAAAAUAGCCAAAAUGUCCAAACGGAUGGAAUGAAAAUCUACUAAAACAUGUAAUUACACAUUUUAUAUUGACCAAACGUAUUUUAAAACAAAACUUAAUUUAAGUCAAUAUUAAUGAGCGAUAAUAAAUGUAAAAGUAAUCUGAAACUCACUUAUAUGACUUUGGUUCUUUUCUUUUAGGGUCUGUGUGUAGCCGCUCUAGUAGUUCACGUGCGUUUGCAAUGUGAAAGAGACACUUUUUGGGGACAUUAGAUCUCCGUCUUUUUAAAUAUGAAUCCACGGAGCCAACAGAAGGUUAGCUGAGCUCGCCUUCAUUUCUCCUGUUGGUUCUUAAGAGGAUUGAAUAAAGUUGAUGAAUUGUGUUAAUUGGUCAGAUUUAGACGCUCUAUUUGUGUUGGUUUUCGGCAGAGCCUGGCUUUCAGUUCCUCCCAGUCUCCUGUCUUUAUGCUAAGCUAAGCUAACAGGGCUCAGAGAACCGCUCCAUGUUUACCACAAAAAACUCAAUUAAAAAAAAUGCAUUUGCCAAGUCACCAUCUUUCAGCCUCUUUUGGCCACGAGUCAGCUGUGUUUUAAACUCGACUUCUUGUGAAACAGUCACUGUUCCUCGGCAUUCCCUUUAGAAGAAGACGAUAUUUAAAGUUGAUUUUCAUAGGAAAAGCCAAUAUUUGCCUUUAGCGUAUAAUCAUAGCAGAGUCAUUGUGGGGGGGGGGGAAGUUGAGGGGUUUCUUUACUGUCUGCAGGUUCUCGUCUCACCAGUUAGCAUGAAAGCUAGAGGUGUAAAUAUACAAGUCAUUUAUGAAAAGAAAGUAUAACAGAAAUAAUAUAUAUAUAUAUAUAUACAUUGAAUUUACUGACACGCAUUCCCACUGUAUGUCAGCGUUACCGCGGUAACCGAAGGCCCUGAUUCUAUUUAAUCUGAAGCUUUCCGACGACAAAGUGUCCUGGGAGUUCGGACUACAUUAGAAAAGUGAAUAAUUGUACUGGAUACCACAUGACCUGUGUGGUAAAACAUGUAACUUUGGGGAUUUCUUUUCCAAAGCAAGGCCUCGGAAUAAAACAAAAGGAGGGCAGAUGAAAGGAGGAGAAAGCAGGAAAGAGUCUGAGUGAGUCUAGAACCUUUAGAAAGUGCAGAUGAAGCAGACUCACCACCAGCCGACUCUGCCGUUCCCUCCGUAACUAAUAAUGACAUCAUAACUAGACUGUUGAAACCUAAAUCCAAGAACUGCUCUUUUGAACACUGUGUCUCUUCAUAGAAGCCUUAGCGGACUUUGCGUUUUUAACCCCUCCCCCCACCCCCCCCCCCCCCCCCUCGAGGAGGAGACGGACACACACGUCAAGCCAAAUAAAAAAAAAAAAAAAAACACCUCUCAAUUUUAAAGAGAGUGCUUUUAUUUUGAAAAUUUGCCAAGGGCCUCAUCGUCGGUGUGUCUAUUCCUCUCUUUUUUGUGUGUUUACAGUAGAGCUCUCGCCCUCAACAUUAAACAGUCCUUUAACAGGGUUAACAUUAACACCUGCGGCCCGAGGGAGGCGUCAUCACAGGUCCAUAGAAGUCAUGUUUUCUUUUGACCUUUAAACCCCGCUGUGCAUCCCCUCCUUUAAACGUAUCCUCGUGGAAGAGCUUUGGCGAGACCUUGGCGCGUCGUAAUGCAUCAUUUCUUCUCCGUUUAUUAGACGUGCUCCUUGAAUAGCGACUGGUGAGUUUUAGACGUGUGUGUGACCAGGUGACUUUUCUUUCUCUCUGUCAGUAGGGUAGACCAUGGGUCAACAGCUUACUGUUGUGUGGUGGUUUGUCAGUGGUUUGUUCAUUAAAUAUCUGUAAAAAAAAAAGAGCAAGAAACGUGACCGCGUGCCGCUCUCGAUGCUCUUGGCGAGCCGCCUGUUUUUUGGGGGGGGAUUUUUUUCAUUUUUGACUUCGUGUCACCCACCCUCUCUAAAGUCAACCCGUCGACGUCACCAUAGCAACCAGGGCGCAGCCCCCUCUGACUCCGUCGCCAGGUGGGUCACGACGCAUCAACAUAUCAGCCACGGAUGAUGUCAUAUUCGGAUUUCCGUGUACCGAGUACACACAGUUUUGUGGAUGCUGCAAAAGUAUAAACCUGCUAACACACACACACGUGUGUAUUAUAACCAUUGUGUGAGCAUAGGUGUGGUAGGAAGUGAAGGUGCACGUGUUCAGCAUGAAAUGCUCGCAGUCAAUUAGAAGUAAUUCAAUCAAGAGAAUUCUUUUCCCUUCAGGAUGAGACUUUUAUUUUUCAUCUUAUUAAGUUGUAAAUAUGUAUUUUGAAUAUAUAUCGCUGUGUCUGUUUUGAAUUUGAUUAAUUUAUUUAAUGGCUCUAUAUUGUUGUUUUUUUGUAUGUUGCUUAUCUAACUUUAAUCAGACCACGCAUCACACAAAAUGUUAUAAUUCACGUUAUUCUCUCCAUUUGCGUUUUGCUGUUUUGGCUAAGGUGAUGAUUUUACAAAAAUAAGAAAAAAAAUUUAUUCAUUUCAUUGUAUUAACUCAUGUGUAACAUGUUAUGUUCUACUGUAUCGUAUUUGAUCAGAUGUGUCGUGGUCGCUGCUCGUGAAAUUAUUUUAUUCAGAGUUUUCAAAUCAUGACAAAAGAUAAAAGCAGUCACAAAGUCAUAAUCUGUCUUUUUUUUCUCAUGUGAAACAUUGCACCAAAAGAAGGAGUUUUGAAGUUUGACCUAAAGUUUUAAAAUGUGUUGAAAGCUCAAGAAAUGUUGUAUUUUAGUAUUUUAUCAUUGUAACCUUUAAUGCAAAGUCUGAAAAUUGAGAAAUCCCUCUAGUGCUGUAUGGAGCCACAACAUGUUCAAUGUUAAAUGGAUAAAUAAGUCAUAAAAAUACAUUGUCACGUGAAUAAAUUAUAUUAAAUAAUCAGCUGUAAGGUGAUUGGCUGAACCAUCCGUCAAUCAAACCUUUCCUGUAGCCAGUUUGAAGAAUUUCCCGAUGUCCUAAGCCCCGCCCUUUGCUGAUGAAAUUAAAAUAAGAAGAUUGUAAUCAUAAACAUAUUGGGCUUGAAUACAGCCCUUAAAUUAAAUUAUUUAUUUCUUUGGUCACACGUGUAAACACACGUGGUCAAACUGUUUCUUAUUUGAUGUUUAUCUCUUGAGUGUUGAACACUGGAGGCUCCCUAUCUGCUUUGCUCUGUGCAUGGUGAAAUGUGGCAGGGAUGACGUGAGGGAAGUGGUGUAAGUAUAGUAAAGAAUAGUUGACCACGUUCUUCUAGAACAUGUGUACAACAUGCCACACCUGUGGAAGGAUGCUGUUCAACGGGCAGAUGUAAUUAUCCACCAUUACGUCAGGAAUGUAGAACGUCAGAGUCGCUUUGUGCAAAGUUGUGCUGCAUAGUUUCUGUGUUUUCCUUUGCGCCUCCUGACAUCAUACAAAAUAUCUGAUUACCUUCUGGAUAGUACACCUUGAAACCGUUCUCUCAAACGGUUUAUUUAGGAGAGUCGUUGCAUCCACUUUCUGCUUCUCUAGCGUACAGCUCGUCACCCCGUUGGAUACCGAGGGCUCGGCGCUGAUAGAGAGUCAUUCAAGCAAGUGCAGAGGUGUGGCUUUUUGUCAUGAUUUAAAUUAGACUGGAAAUAGGCCAUUGUCAUUGUGCUAAAAUGAAUAAAUAUUACAUAUUAAAAUAUAUUUGCUAACCUA